AUCAGGUCAUGUGGUCUCACAAGAUGGCGACGUCAGUGUUGGGAUGUGAGGAGUGAAUCAGAGCUACAGGCAACAGAAAGUGCGGAAUAAACUCACAACUGCACUCGUUUCAGAUCCGCGCGUGAAUGCUGAGGAAAUUUCCCGCGCAUGUCGUUACGUUGUUGCCGUUGGACUCGCUCGCGAUAAAAGUUUAACAGAAGCCCAUUCCUCGCGCUAAUGCAGCAUUGUUGAUGAAAACCAGUUGCAUUCAGAGCACGCGUGUAAUUUAGUCAUAUAAGAAGUCAAUAGGUGCCGAUCCUCAUGGAGGAAUAACCGUGGAUUGAGGAAUAUUGUGUCUGUAGCUUUUGUGUCUUUGUCGGGUGAGAUCACUGCAAUGGCCAUCCUUGUGUUUGACAAUGAUGAGUACAGACCUCCAGUGUGGAAGUCCUACUUGUAUCAGCUCCAGCAGGAGGCGCCACAUCCACGCAGAGUCACCUGCAUAUCUGAGGUGGAAAAUCGGCCCAAAUACUAUGGACGAGAGUAUCAUGGCAUGAUCUCCAGAGAGGAUGCAGACCAGCUGCUCAGCGUGGCCGAGGGAAGUUAUCUGAUCCGGGAGAGUCAGAGACAGGCGGGCACGUACACCUUAGCUCUACGCUUUGGGAAUCAGACCCGAAACUUUCGUCUCUUUUACGAUGGGAAGCAUUUCGUCGGGGAGAAACGUUUCGAGUCCAUCCACGACCUGGUUACAGACGGUCUGAUCACGCUGUACAUCGAGACCAAAGCGGCCGAAUACAUAUCGAAGAUGACCAUCAACCCCAUCUACGAGCACGUGGGCUACACGACCCUGAACCGUGAGCCAGCACUGAAGAAAGCUCCGCCCGUCACCAUAGAUACGCCCGAUGGCAAAGACACACCCGGUGAAGAGACGGACCUGGAGGAGAGGCUCACGUCGCUGGUUCGCAGAGCAACGCUGAAGGAGAGCGAACGCGCACCCAAGUACGAGAAAGUCCACAACUUUAAGGUGCACACUUUCAGAGGGCCACACUGGUGUGAAUACUGUGCCAACUUCAUGUGGGGACUCAUUGCUCAGGGAGUCAAAUGUGCAGAUUGUGGUUUGAACGUUCAUAAGCAGUGCUCUAAGAUGGUACCCAACGACUGUAAGCCGGACCUGAAACACGUGAAGAAGGUUUACAGCUGUGAUCUCACUACGCUGGUCAAAGCUCAUAACUCAAAGCGACCCAUGGUAGUGGACAUGUGUAUACGAGAGAUCGAAUCACGAGGUCUCAAGUCAGAGGGUUUGUAUCGAAUCUCUGGAUUCAGUGAGUUAAUUGAAGAUGUGAAGUUAACAUUUGACCGAGAUGGGGAGAAAGCUGAUAUCUCUGUAAACAUGUAUGAAGACAUCAACAUCAUCACAGGUGCUCUUAAACUCUACUUCAGGGAUCUGCCCAUCCCCAUCAUCACAUUUGAUGCUUAUCCACGCUUCAUUGAGGCUUCCAAGCUCACAGAUCCUGAUGAACGUUUAGAAGCCUUACAUGAAGCUUUGAGACAACUUCCUCCAGCACACUGCGAAACCCUUCGCUAUCUAAUGGCACAUUUAAAAAGGGUAACUCAAAACGAGAAGGAUAACCUAAUGAACGCCGAGAAUCUUGGGAUUGUAUUCGGGCCGACCCUGAUGCGAGCUCCCGAUCUGGACGCCAUGACGGCUCUGAAUGACAUCCGCUAUCAGAGGCAGGUGGUGGAGUUACUCAUCAAGAAUGAAGACAUCCUUUUCUAACGUCUCUGUGAAUGAAGCGGAUCUGAGCUGCCGCUGCUCUUCUUCUUCUUCUUUCUCUGGACUUGAUCAUGAAGGACGCUUGUAAUAUAAAAACAUUUUUUUGGAGCAGUACUUACUAACACCCUCUUUACACCCCAGCGGAUGGAUUAUGUUCCUGUAUUUUGCAUGUCUUCCUCCCCAUUUUUGUCGGGGGUUGUUAAAGCUGUUUUUCAGCAUUAUUAUGGGAUGGAGUUGUUCUGUCAUCUAUCGGGCUUCAGUUGUUUCGAGUGUUUUUGUUUUGUUUUUGUAAAACGUGAGUACAGUCAUUUUUGGGGACACUUUAUCUGAAUAGCCAUUCAAAUAAGCAUGGUGCCGAGCAACCUCUUCAGGUGACAUACACUUGGUAGUCAUUCAUCAUAAUACUGUUGUAACCUGUCAAUCAACCUGCCGUUAUGUACUUGAAUAUAAAUUUGUUUUUUUUUAUUUGUACUUAUAUGCUUUGAAUUGUUUUAUCUGCUAUGGCCCAGCAGUGAUUCUUCAGAAUCUGUGAUUCAUUGUUUUUAUUUUUGGUUUUCAUACAGCAGAUCUACUGUACACAUGAGAGUCAUCUAGACAUGCGGUCCAUGUACAUUUCAGUAUCCAUCUUUCAGACCUGCCUUUAGAAAGCCCUCUUGCACUCUUAACAUGACUGCUUGAUGUUUUUGUGUUAUUUUUGUAUUUGGUUUGAGCAUGAAUACGUUAAUUUAUUAAAAUGUACUUUUAGAAGUGCGUUCUGCCUUCCAUUCAUUAAACACUAAACAAAUA